UACAAGUUUGACUUGCAAAACAGAUUAGAGGAAAUGCAGUCUGCCAUCACUGUCAGUCGGCGUCCGUCAUCUCUCUCUCUCUCUCUCUUUUUUUUAAGUCAUGACAAGGUGAUGAUGAUGUAUGCUUUACAUGAUGAUAUAAAAAGUGAGCUCAGUAGGCAGUUAGGGUGUAUAUUAUCAGAUUUCUCUGAAUCAACUUCUGCUCUUGCUUUUUCAUCGCUGAGUGCAACUUCCACAGGGUAACUAUGUUGGUGUGGAUAACUGCUCUGCUGUUUAUCAGCUUCUCAAGAACACAUGGACUCUACCAAUUUCCAGAAAAUUUUGUGGUGGCAGAAAAGGAUAAGGCAGACCCAGUCAAACUGAUCUGCCAUACUAAAACUACUAAAACUGAAGGAGAUGUCGUGUGGAAGUUUGAUGGUGAAGAGGUCGAUUUGGAAGACAGCUAUAAAUUGGAGGGUAAAGAUCUGAACGUAUCGAAUGUAGAAUUGCCCAUGUUGGGAAACUACAGCUGCUGGAGUGGGGAAGAAAUGUUAUCAUCAACCUAUCUGCUGCUGAAGACUGACGAGGAGGAGGACUUAGAUAACGUCCUCAGCUGUCGUGCAAAAUCUUACAACUGCAACUUCACCUGCAGCUGGACAGACCGUAAAUACACAGCAGUGCGCCUUGGACUUGGCAAAGACUGCAGAGAAGGCAAAAGAUCAUGUCUUUGGGAAAGAAGUAGAGACCAGCUCCACAAUGGGGGAUUCCAGUUCGUGCUGACACACUCCCUCUCACCCUAUGCUGAGGAAAGCACCAUGUUUGAACUAACUGCUGAGGCCAUUGUUGACCAAUCCAUCUUCAGGACAACAAAGAGCUUUUAUCUCAGAGACAUUGUUCAGCCUGAUAGGCCCCGUAUUGUCAGUUGUAAGGAGGUGGAGCAGGAUUUAAACGUGACCAUCGAGCCACCUUCCAGCUGGUCAACUCCUCACAGCUUCUUUACUCUGGAGCAUGAGAUUGAAUACAUGUUCAAAGAUGAUGGGAAGACUGGACGUUCUUCAUCUGCUCUCAUACCCAAGGGGAUCAGUAAGCUGAGGGUUCGCUCCAGAGACCCGCUGGUGCUCUCAGCCUGGAGUCAGUGGACUCCAUGGAAAAAUGUGAGAAAAGGGAAAAAAAACCCCUGCCAACACAGAAAGAGAUCAAAAAUGUGCUUCAACCAGGACCACAACUGCAAGAAGAAAAGAGUGGGGGGAAAGAACAAAAAACACAAGACUGGUGUCAGCGAUAAGAUGUGGCACUAACUCCAUGUAAAGUAAAUGUAAAAAUUAUAUUUAAAGUCAAUCAUGUCACCAAAUUAUAUUGGACUACUCCUUAAAACUAAAGGAAUUUCUCAACUGGUAAAUACUUUUAAAAGAUUAUUUAUGAUGUGUUUGGUUUGAUAAUCAAACACAAAGAAGUCUGUGCAUGCUGUGAUAUA